UUUCGAUUGUUUCCAAUAUAUGUGAUGUUGGAAUUUAGUAAUUGACUGUUGGGGCCCUCAAAACUGGAAAAAAAAUAGUUAAAAAUUGCAAUCGCUUUGCUGUGGGAAACAGCAGCUGCCUAAAAAAGCGGAAUGGAAAAUUAGAUCCAUUGAAGACUAGAUCUACAAGACUAGAGGAGGCUGAGGGAGAGUUUCAGUCUUAAAGAAAUUGUAUUCAAACAAUUAAUGGCGUCAACUUGGUCUCCUCGUCGACUAUACAAAUACGAUGUGUUUCUAAGCUUCAGAGGGGAAGAUACCCGCGAGACUUUCACCUGCCAUCUGUAUCGUGCGCUAACUGCGAAAGGAAUUAUAACCUUCAUAGAUGACGAAAGCCUGGAGAGAGGAUCAACCAUUGGCCCAUCACUUUUUACAGCAAUUCAGGACUCAAGAUUCGCCCUUGUCGUUCUUUCACAGAAUUUCGCUUCUUCAUCCUGGUGCUUGGAUGAACUCUCCAAGAUUUUUCAAUGCUUGGUAAGGAGGGGACGAUUCGUCUUCCCGAUCUUCUACCGAGUGGCUCCCUCUGAUGUGCGCAAGCAAACGGGAAGUUUUCAGCUGCGUACAGUAGCGGUAAGGGAACAUGAAGAAGUUUAUGGAAAUAAGGACAAACUAGAGGAGUGGAGACAUGCUUUGACAACGGUUGGCGGUAUUGGUGGGUGGGUCUCGGAGGAUUAUAAGGAUGACGGAAAAUUGAUUGAGGACGUUGUUACAUAUACACUUCGGAGACUAGGUCAUACUUAUACCUCUUCAAGUGUUGACAAGGGCUUCAUAGGAAUGGAUUCCCGCAUUCAUGAUUUAUUAAGCAAUUACAUAUGUCCGCAGCUUGGUGGGGUGCGUUUUAUAGGGAUCCAUGGCAUGCGGGGCAUAGGUAAGACAACACUUGCUCGAGCCAUCCAUGAUCGAAUUUGUCAGGAUUUUGACCAAAGCUGCAUUCUUUCCAAUGUUAGAGAAAAAUCUGAAAAGGAUGGCCUAGUUUCUCUUCAAGAAAAACUACUUUCCAGAAUCCUAAGGACAAAAGUUGACAUUGAGGAUGAAUAUGCAGGAGCUACUAUGAUAGAAAGGCGGUUAUGUAAACUAAAGGUGCUUGUUGUUAUUGAUGAUGUGAAUCACAUCAAUCAAUUAGAUAAAUUGGCUGGAAGUCGGGACUGGUUCGGUCCUGGGAGUAGAAUUAUUGUAACCACCCCAGAUAUUCAUUUGCUAAGGGGACAUGAUGUUGAUGCUACAUACAAGCCUACUGGGUUAAGUGAUGGUGAAGCUAUUCAACUAUUGAGUUUAAAGGCUUUCAAGAAAAGCUUCCCACCAGAAGGUUAUUUGGACUUGUGCCACCAUAUUAUAGGGUAUGCUCAGGGGCUUCCAUUGGCUCUUGUGGUUCUAGGUUCUUUUCUAUUUGGUAGAAGACCCAAUGAAUGGGAAAGUGCAAUAGAGAGGCUAAACAAUACACCAAAUAGACAAGUUAUGGAUGUGCUUCAGAUUAGUUUUGAUGGACUAGAGGAAAAAGACCAACAGAUUUUCCUACAUAUUGCUUGUUUGUACAAGGGGAAGGACAGGGAUCGUGUGACACAAAUACUAGGCUAUUGCAAGCUAGAACCUGGCAUUGGUUUAAAGGUUCUUGAGGAAAAAUCUCUCAUUACUAUUUUUGAGAACAAACUGUCAAUGCAUGAUUUGCUACAAGAAAUGGGCUUGGAAAUAGUUCGUCGAGAGUCCCCUGAUGAGCCAGGUAAACGAAGUAGAUUAUGGUCUCCUGAAGUUAUCCAUAAUGUGCUGAAGAAAAAUAAGGGAACAGACAAAAUCCGAGCCAUGGUAAUGGACUUGCCUGAGUUACAAGUGGCUCAUUGGAAACCAGAAGCCUUUUCAAAUUUGUCUCAACUCAGUCUUCUCCAUAUUCAUAACGUGGAUCUUCCCAAAGGCCUCACUUUUCUAUCAAAUUCCGUGAGACUCCUUGAUUGGAGUGGGUACCCCUUAAGAUCCCUCCCACAAAAUUUUGAACCGGACGAACUUAUUGAACUUAACUUGUGCCACAGCAACAUUGAACACCUCUGGGAAGGAGCAAAGAAUUUUGACAAGUUAAAGUUCAUCAAACUAUGCCAUUCUCAAAAAAUUGUCCAGACCCCAGACCUCACAGCCGUUCAAAAUCUUGAGACUUUAGAUCUUGAAGGAUGUAAGACUUUGGUAAAACUUCAUCAAUCUGUCGGACAACUCAAAAGGCUUAUUGUAUUGAAUCUUAAAGAUUGCGAGAGUCUCGAGAAUCUGCCAAGUAAGAUUGAAAUGGAAUCUCUUGAAACUUUAAUUCUUUCUAACUGCUCCAAAGUUAAAAAGAUUCCCGAGUUCGCUGGAAAUAUGAAGCGUUUAUCAAAGCUUUAUCUCAAUGAGACUGCCAUUGAAAAACUACCUGUGUCAAUUGGAUGCCUGAGUGGCCUUGCUUCACUGAAUCUUAGCAACUGCAAAAAUCUUCUAUGCCUUGCAAGCACCUUAGAACUGCUUAGUAGAUUGGAGUCUCUUAAAAAGCUUGAUCUUUCUGGAUGUUUGAAACUUCGAGAACAGGAUAGUGUGAGGGAGAAUGGUGCAAUUAGAACUGCUGUAAAUCAUCUUAUAAAACGUGGUUGUGAAGUUGGGAAAUAUUUGUCAUGUUCCUUGCCUUCUAGAUUGGUGCAAAGAGCCUAUAUGGAGCCAAUGAGUAUGAAGUUGCCUGUGUCUGAUCUGUGUUAUUCUACAGAGCAAAAUGCAAAUACAUCAAUGAGUAUCCGGUUGCCACUAUCUCGUCUAUGGAAUUUAACAGAUCUAAACUUAAGUAACUGCAAUCUUGGUGACACUGCAUUUGCCAACUUUGCCUGUUUUCCCUCUUUAGUGGCACUAAAUCUGAGUGGAAAUAAUUUUGUUAAGCUUCCUCCAAGCAUCAGGUCCUGUUUUAAGCUUCAGAACAUUAAUUUGGAGAAUUGCAAGACACUUCAAGAGUUGUCCGGACUUCCAUCAAAUAGUAAAUUGGAUGUGAGGGCAGAUGGUUGUUCUUCACUGGAAAUGCUGUUUGAUGUAUCCAAUUUCAAUAGAUUGGAGAAAUCAUAUUUCAAUUUCAUCAAUUGCUUCAAACUAAAUGACAAUCAGGGCUGCUGUAACAUAGCAUUAGAAAUGCUGAGGAUAUUCCUUAAUCAGCAAGUUUCUAGUGUGACGGAAACUUUUCAAAUUGUAAUUCCUGGAAGUGGAAUUCCUGAGUGGUUUGAUCAUCGAAGAUUAGCGAGUUCAUUAACUGUAGACCUACUUCCAGAUUGGAAUGAGAGUAGGUUUUUGGGAUUUGUUUUGUGUGCUGUUUUUGUACUCCAUGAGCACCGUCAGGUUGAUGAGCUUGAUAUCCAUCAGUUCAAGACUUUUAAGGCCACUCAUCAUCUUGUAUGUUGCCUGAAGCUCAAUGGAAGAGAAUUAGAAGUAUACGGCAAACAGCCUGCAUUUCGCUUUAGCGAACAAUUUUGCCAGGUUGAGUCAGAUCACCUUUGGAUAUUCUAUGUGUCCCGUGAUAAAUACUUUGGUACAGAUUGGUGGCAUAACAGUUGCAGUCAACUUGAGUUCUUAUUUGAAACAAGAGGGCCAGGCCUGAGGGUGAAGGAGUGUGGGGUACGUCUGAUAUAUGAGCAAGAUGUGCUAGAGUUGAACCAAACAAUAACUCAAUCAAGCAGUAGGAUGUCUCCUCCAUAUGAGGAUAUAUUGACUGAUUUUGAGAAUCAAGUUGAAGGGGAAACCAUUCACCCAAACAAAAAGUUGAAAGGGGAAACUUGUGGUACUGGUAGUAGAACCUGCACCCUUGAAGAACUAUAGGAUUGGCAGAAAUAUAGGGAUUCAAUACUGGCCACUUUGAAAAACCAAAAUUAAGGACUUCUUGAUCCCAUGGUUUGAAAUGAGUGCAGAAUGGUCACUGGUCCCUCAUGUCACAUUGAACUUCUGCAGUAAUUACUAUCUGGAGCUAUCUUGCCUCAUUUUGCACAGAUAGGUUCAAGAUCUCCAUGUGAUUGAUAUACAUAGUGAAACUUGAGGCAGAACAUAUGUAUAAAGGUUACUUGAACUUUCCUCAUAACUGAAUGCAAAUUCAUUUGGACUUGAUGAACUUUUGGGUAUUGUGGAUGGAAAGAAAUAGAGGAAUUUUUGAAGUUUAUGAAGGGGUAGGGGUUCAGGUUCAGAGAGGGUCAUGCUAUUGAAUGUAACAAGAAAAAAAAUGGAAAAAGAAAAGGGCUAUGGAAUUUGGGAAAUGAAUUAAUGGUCAUGCUGGUGUGUCAGAUGCCAGAAAUGGAUGGAUUUGAAGCAAAGAGGCAGAUAAGGAAUGGAGAAAUCUUACCAUGUUCGCAUUCCGAUCAUUGCAUUAACAGCUCAUACACCAGGCGAGAAACAAAAAGGAUGUUGGAGGCCAGCAUGGAUGACUAUUUAAGCAAACCCUGGGAAAAUGAUCGUCUACUUGAAACAAUGGUUAGACUGGUAGGGAAGUAGUAAAAUUGUUGGAAGCUGCAAUCAUGAUUGUCAGGGAACGAAAGAAAAGGAAAAAGCAAACAGAGGUUUUCAUAUUCUAUGACAGUUAUGUGGCUCCCCUUGAAGAGGAUGGGCAGGGCUUCUAUAUAGUAAACCAUUAAAAGAUGCCAGAAAUGGAUGGAUUUGAAGCAACGAGGCAGAUGAGGAAAGUGGAGAAAUCUUACCAUGUUCGCAUUCCGAUUGAUCAUUGCAUUAACAGCUCAUACACCAAGCGAGGAAACAAUAAGGAUGUUGGAGGCCGGCAUGGAUAACUAUUUAAGCAAACCCUUGGGAAAGGAUUGUCUACUCGAAACAAUGGGUAGACUGGUUCGGAAGUAGUAAAAUUGUUGGAAGCUGCAAUCGUGAUUGUCAGAGAACAAAAGAAAAGAAAAAAGCAAACAGAACUUUUCAUACUCUCACAAGCGAUGUGGAGUGGAGUGACUGGCCAGUAAUUGCACAAUAUCAAGACUUGCCAUCUAUGUGAUGUUUGCCUCUUUCAAUUAUUUCCAUCUAUAUGAUGUUCGCCUCCCCCAUCUUGGAUGUGUGAUGUAACAGAAGUAAUGGAAGUAUGGAGCAAUCCCCAGUAAUAUUGGCUGCUGAUUACUCUUUGAUUUUGCUAGACUCAAGGGGAAAUAACACUGUUAGCCUUAGCCUUCCUGGAAGCAUUAGUCAACUUUCUAAGCUGGAGAUUCUGUACUUGAGCUACUCCUCUCAUCAGAUGCAUACUUAGCACGUUUUUGCCAAUAGUCACACGUCAUUGAAAUAUGUGCAAUACCUGAAUCUGUUGUGUGCCAAUAGUUGCACUUCAUUGAAUUGUGUACAAUAAUUAAAUUUCAGCAA